CUAUCCUGCUACAGGUAAAUGUCCUUCUGCUGGAUGCUAUAUAACGGCUGGUCACUCUACAGGUCUGGUACCAACAGACAACACAAACAGUUGCCAGAACUCUCCAGCUUCAAGCUCAACUACACAGAUCUACCAUGGCCAUUAUUGCUCUACUUGGUGUUGUGCUUCUACUUGUUGCCCCAUCAUUCCAGCAACCGGGUGGACCAAAUAACUGCUACGACCGUUGUCUGUCGGCCUUCCGAAGAAAUCCUAACGCCUACUUUGUAUCAGGUUGUAACUGUAACCAAUACGACUUCAAGAACGGAAUCCCCGUAGAUGAUGCACGCAUUGGUGGAGGCAUCAGAGGUAACUGUGGCUACCUGGCCCCCAACUGCCGUGCCAGCCCAGGUGAAUACAACGCCGUGUACAGGUACACCUACGACAACCAACUCAAGACCUGCGUCAAAGUCUUCGUCUACAACUCCUGUGCCUCGUCUUACGGCGUCGCUAGCAACGUCUUCCUGACCCAGUUGGAGUGUUCCCAGGCUUGCGAGUACAACAACAGGAAGUAUUAAAGGAUCGUCACAAUCCCAACACUUUGAUAAAAUAUUUUGAAGAUUUAAUCUAAAAACAAACAACUAAUUUUUAAUAAAAAUGCUCUUUUAAAAAUAAAAUGGCCUUUUCUGAAAAAAAAAAAGAAUUUUCAAAGUAAAAUCGUUUAUGAAUAAGUGAACAUUUUGUUUAUUUGUGAAAACAGAAAAUUGUUUAUUUUAGUAGUUGUUUCUGUCAGAAAAUUGUAUGUAAAUUUAGUUUUUUGUACUUAAUUUAAAACUAGGUGUAGUUUAAUUGUCUAGCAGAAAAUGCACCCUUGACUGCAUGGUUAAAUUGUAUGAUAGGGUUUAAUUUAGUGUGUAAGAAUUUUUUUGUUUGUUACACAUCAGAAAAAAUAUGUUUUAGAGAAAGUAUUUUUUUCAGUGAUUGAUCUGUUUCUAUCAUUGCACGUGUAUUUGUUCAAGUACUAGUUUAGUAAAUAAAUAAUAGUUAAUCCGA